UCAGGAUCACUGGCUAGAGACAGAGCAGCCUCGAUUCACUAGAAAACCGAAAGCCAGAGAUAGCCCCAGGAAAGCUAUGCAACACCAUCUUGUCCCCUCGAGGAAAUAAUGGCAAUCUCAGUGUCCAAGAAGAAAACCAGAGCAAUCAAGAAGGCGGAAGAGAGACCAGAUUCUUGCUGUUGCUUCUUCAACGCCCUCUUGUGCAGAGUCAUUUUCAGAGUCCCUGCUGUGAUUCUCCUCUUCAUCCUCAUCUGUCUGUGGUCCUCCUCGACCACCAUCAUAUCGGGAAACAUGGUCCACGUCUGCGUUUCGUCGCGCAAGCUCAACAAGCUCUACUGCCUCUCGGCAGGUGCGCAGCCCAAUCUCAGAAUUUCCCCUCCCAGGAUCAGGAAUUCCUCUGCUUCCAGCAAGGCUAUGCCUAGCACCGGCAAUGGAGAUACGAAAGGAAUCGUGGAGCCUGUUUCGGUCAUCAAGAACGCCUUUGAUGAUGUUCGAGAUGAUGAGGUUGCAAAUGCCAUGAAGUCGGUUGAGGAGCAGCUAGAAAUGCAACGGUCCUGGAUCUCGCACUCGAACAAUCAGAACUGCAAGGAUAGGGGGAUAUUCGUGUACGACUUGCCUCCAAAGUUCAACAAGGACCUUGUAUCUCAGUGCAAGGACAUGACUCCUUGGACUGAUUUCUGCAGAUACUUCACGAACGACGCGAUGGGCGAGCCGAUACCGAAGCUCGGCAGGAAGUGGUACCAGACCCAUCAGUACUCUCUGGAGCCAAUUUUUCACUCCAGAGUUCUGAAACACCCUUGCAGGGUCUACAAUGAGAAUGAGGCAAAGCUGUUUUAUGUGCCAUUCUAUGGUGGCUUGGACAUACUGAGAUGGCACUUCAAGAAUGUGACAAAUGACGUGAAGGACACAUUGGCAUUGGAGCUCAUGAAGUGGCUUCAGCAACAGCGGUCAUGGCUCCAAAACUCAGGCAAAGAUCAUGUUUUUGUGCUUGGCAAGAUCUCAUGGGACUUCAGGAGAAAUAGAGGCUCCAAAUGGGGGAAUCAGUUCCUAGAGCAUGAUCAAAUGCAGAACCCAAUCAAGAUCCUGAUCGAACGGCAACCUUGGCACGCCAACGACAUUGGCGUCCCCCACCCCACCAGCUUCCAUCCGCACUCGGAUGACGACAUCAUCACCUGGCAGCAGAGGAUCAUCGGUUCUCGCCGCAAGAACCUCGUGAGCUUCGCUGGGGCCACGAGGCCUGAAUUGCCCGACAACAUAAGGACGUUGCUGAUCGACCAAUGCAAUUCAGCCGACGAAGGGAAGUGCCACUUCCUGGACUGCCGCUCUGGCCAGUGCGCCGGGCCCGAGACCAUCAUCGAGCUCUUCACGGAGUCCGAAUUCUGCCUGCAGCCCCCUGGGGACAGCCCGACAAGGAAGUCACUGUUCGACUCCCUCGUGGCGGGCUGCAUACCAGUGCUCUUCGACCCUUUCACAGCGUAUUACCAGUACGCGUGGCAUUUGCCAGAGGACCGCAGCAAGUUCUCGGUGUUCGUGGGUCAGGAGGAACUGAGGCAGAGGAAGGUGAAUGUGGUGGAGAGGUUGAUGAAGGUCCCGGUGCAGGAGAGGGAGGACAUGAGGAGCUACAUUGUGUACGAACUCGUGCCAGGUUUGGUAUAUGGUGAUUCAGAUUCAAGGUUUGGUAAGUUUCAGGAUGCUUUUACCAUAACAAUGAACAAUUUGCUUGAGAGGAUGAGAAGACUAUAGUUGAUUCCUUUGACA